AUGGAGUCAAUAAAUGAGCAAGCUGUUAAGCCAAAAUAUCUUGAAGGAAAGGAGGUUACAGGAAAUAUGCGUGCUAUUCUUAUUGACUGGCUUGUACAAGUCCAAAUUAAGUUCAGGCUGCUUCAGGAGACCAUGUACAUGACCGUUGCGAUUAUUGAUCGCUUUCUUCAGGAGCAUCCAGUUCCUAAGAAGCAGCUCCAGCUUGUUGGUGUAACAGCCAUGUUCAUUGCCUCAAAGUAUGAAGAGAUGUACCCACCAGAGAUUGCAGACUUUGCUUUUGUGACUGACCGUGCCUAUACUACUGGUCAGAUCCGGGAGAUGGAGAUGAAAAUCCUCAGAGUCCUCGACUUCAGUUUUGGGAGGCCUCUGCCACUACAAUUCCUUAGAAGAGCCUCCAAGAUUGGAGAUGUUACUGCAGAGCAUCACACACUGGCCAAGUACUUCCUGGAGCUCACCAUGGUUGACUAUGAAAUGGUCCACUUUCCUCCCUCCCAGAUCGCUAGCGCAGCUUAUGCCCUCACUCUGAAGGUCUUCAACUGUGGUGACUGGACCCCUACUCUUCAACAUUAUAUGGGCUACACUGAAGAUUCACUGGUUCCUGCGAUGCAGCAAAUUGCCAGAAAUGUUGAGAGAGUCAAUGAGGGGCUUGCAAAGCACCAGGCUGUGAAGAACAAGUACUCCAGUCAGAAGCAGAUGAGAAUUGCUUCAAUUUCUCAGCUUAAGUCAUCCUUGAUCAAGGACCUGGCCAAGCAGAUCUCGUAGUGUGGGAUUGUUAAAGACUUAAGCACCGUGUGCUGCCUUGUAAAGAGAAACUAACUUAUGCAUGCUUUUUACUGUUGCUACUUUUAUUGUUUUUUUUGUUUUUUACAGAUUUUUAUCUGCACUGCCAUGUACUGAGUUAAGGUGAUUGAUGGUUCAAAGUGUUAAUGCAACCUUGUACAUUUUGUUUUGAAAUAAACAUUUUAAGGCUCAA